CAAGUGGACACUUGCAGAAAGGCACCCAAAGUUACCCAUAGCGCAGCUUUUGGAGAACUCUGUAAAACAACUGUUCUUUUUCACGGACAUUCGGACUACAACUUAAACAACAUGCCUUACUGCUGCUGCUGCUGCUGCGUCUCGUUUCCGAGAAACUCGGGACCACAAAACAGCGUGAUUCAUCCACUGAGACGGCUUACAGAAUGACUAAUAAAGUGGUUGGGGUGUAGGAGAAAGCGUCUCCUGACCCCUGAAGAGAAGAGAUGAGAGGAAGUGUCAGUUGUGAGUUCCAUUUCUCCACAGGAUCGAACAGCGACACAGGGGGAAGGCUUGUAUCAUGUGGCCUUCUGUGCUAGGUAAAUGCUAGCCCUCACCAAAUACGCGAACGCACCGUCAUCCGAAACAUUCAUUCACGUGUGCGCACGUUUAUAAACUUGCCUGCACUUGAACGAACGAUUUCAUCGAGAACUGCGAGAGAUAGAAAAACGAAAACCGCGUUUGUUUACGCAUGAGGCACCCUGACUUAGUGUCUUCCAUGGUCUGUUGAGUUCGACGUCCUGUCAGAGAAGCAGCGCGGUAAUGGACACAUUAGGCAGUGAAACUGGCUCGUUUCUAUUUGCCGCUGACCAAAAUGACAUGAUGCUUGGCGCCAACAAACAGGCCCCACCGCUUGUUUGUGGCGAAAGCAGCUAGAGCGGCUGGGCUGUCCUAUAUUGCAGAUGAAAUUUUAUCUCCGCCGAUUGCUGGAGACUCAAACGUCUCAAUCAACGAAAAGAGGUAUAACGGCUUGAGCGUGCACACAGAAACAGUACCUUCUCUUCUUCGGGGAAACGAAGAAAAGCACGUCGAGACAGAGAGCCGUUAUAUAAUAGUGUAACGGAAAAACCCAAGGCCAGCCAGUUUACUGCAUGUAUGGGGACCAUGGAGAGAAUUGAUAUGGCACAUGGUAUCACAUUAUUUCCGCGGAAAAGAUAAAGAAAUAGGGGAGACGCCAAACGUGAAGGCGAGAAGCCUCGUCAUAUCAUCCACACGUAAAGCAUUGGCGACAAAGGACGAGCUGAAAUAUUGGGAGGUGGGGCAACAACCACGUCUCUUGAUCAUGAGAAGCAACAAUACAGGCUAUUCUUUGCUUGGCACCGCCCUGUCUGCUUUUGAACGAAGGAGACAAGGACGCCGAUAUGCGAUACACACGCGAGCACGUGAGGCGACGACUGGAUAUGUGGGCGAGGGACACGGAGUCAGUGGAUUCCGUCGGAGGCAGAGGCGAAGAAGGGAAUUCGACCUGGAGUUGUUCUAGAAGCAGGCAAAUUGAGGAGGAAAUGUAUUUUGUUCUUUUCUGUUUUUUUUCAUUCCGGUGUCGCUGUCUGUGGAGGCACAUGGCAGCAAAGACGGAAUCUGUUUUUUUGUUUUUUUAUCGCCACUGUGGCUGUUGUUGGGAAGACGAAAGGUGAGGGUUGAACGGUGAUACAAACUUGGGGCGCCGAAGAGGAGUCAAAGCUGGAGAACAGGGCCAGUAACAGAGAGACGGCGGUGGCUCUAUUCGAGGGAGACGGAGGCACGGAAACUAAUUCGGACUUCCCUGUUUCUGACGGCUAGAAACGAGAAAGCUGAAAUGCGAUAGAGACGCGAAGAGGCUUUGCCUGAGGUGACGCUUGGGGUGAGGCGAAGAGAAGCGACGAAUGGAUAUGACGGACGGGGACAGACAGUCGGCGGUGGACCGGUUGAAAGGAGGCGGAGGACGAGAAAGGGAUUCGACCUUGACUUGUUCUGGAGGCAGGGUCGCAGGGAGAUGAAUUUUUUUCUUUUUCUUCGUUUUUUUUAUUCCGUCUUCGCUGUCUGGAGGCGCGAGGCAGCGGACCCGGAUCAGGUUUGUUUUUUCGUUUUUUUCAUGGCAACUUUGGCUGUUUAUGGUGGCACGAAAGAAGAGCGGUUGAAGUGUCGUGGAGACGCGAAGAGGCUCCGGCCGUGAUGACGCCGAAGAAGAAGCACAUCUGCAGGAAGAGAGUCUCUCGCGAGGGAGUGAAGGAGCAGCUGGUUGACGGCAUGUUCAAUAGCCUAGGCAGGCCAUAUGUGAUUGCCUUGAGUGCACUUGGAGAUCCGGUAGCGUCAUUUUUGGACGACGAAAGCCUUGUUGUAAUCGUUGCCUUCGGAUAUCCUCCGUGAAUUGGUGUCGUUGGAGACUUCAUAAUGUCCGGACGAAUGAAUGCCGUCACUGUCAUCUUCGGACCCCGACGAAGUCGUAUCGUCCCUGUCUCGUUGGGACUCUGACGAAGCGGCGCAGAGACUUGGCGUGGCGGGACGCUUCGUGUUGGUCGCUGUGCUAUACGAGGUACAUGAGGACGCGACGUAGUGCACAUGGCGAAGGUCUCUGUUGAGGUCUUGUGCCUCUUCGUCGGCUUACAUGGACAUUGCGAAAGCCGUAGGAAGAUCGCUGGCGUCUCCUUCGGAUGCUGAUGGAGCCGCGUCGUUCGCUUCUCCUUCCGACUGCGACAGACACGUAUCUUCACUGUCUUCUUCGGACACUGACAAAAGCGGACCGUCGCAGUCUGCUUCGGGAUCACCCUGUAGGUGCAGCGUUUCUCGGUGCCAGCCUGUUUACGUUGGAGCUUUAUGCCCGGUGUUGCACGCGCACGCGAGACCCUGUUCGCUUCCUGUGAUGCUUUCUACGUGGACACGGGACACGGCAGUUGCCCUCAUUGUCCUUGAAAUUGAAGUCGUCAUCUUCGACCCGACUAAAGAUGAAUCGACCGCUGUUUUCCCGGUGGGGAUUGCAGUUCCCGAGUCGAUCCCGUCAAUCACCCUGUCAGCGUCAGGCGGAGAUCUGACAGCAGCUGGGCUUCGCUUGGGACCACCCUACCACGACGCGUCCGUGGACGCGUGACACGGUGGUCUCUAGGGAUAGUCAUCGUUGUGGAAAGCCUCUGUUCGUUGGUUUGACUGAAGGACCAGGGAACAACUGCUGCUUCGCAAUCGGCGUUCUCCGACUCCGAGUCUCGAACUCCUCGCUUCUCGCAGUCGGCAACCAACAGAGAUAUCGUGUAUCAUGCGCUCCGUUUUCAAGGGUAGUCGCGUCUGGCGGUGCGCGUAUACACGGUAGUCUACAACUGCACAUGCUCUCCGUCUCCGUACAGAGCUCUCCUUCGUCGAUUCGACUGACCGAGGAGGAAAGGACCACCGGUUCGUAGGGAAUCAUAGGGAAUUCCCAGUCGAUCUCACCACUCGUCUCUGUGGAAAGGAGAUCCGGGAGCAGCAAAGGGCUACAUCAGAGCGCGCUUUCACAGCCUGUGCUUCUACACGCGAGGGGGUCGGUGGCGGCGCUCGUUGAUUGGAGAAUCAGUGCUUCGUCGUGGACAUCGCUCCAGAACGACGGAACAACUGCUGCGUCGUCGGCAGUCCAAUCACACUCCGAGCCGAAGUCCUCGGUUGCCGCAGUCGGCGUCGCGCAGGUGUCCCCUAAAUGCAUUGCUUGGUGGCAGACCGUGUUGUCACGUGUCUUACCU